AUCGAUAGCAAGUUUUUGUCUUUGUGUGUAAUGCAGUGAAAGGCUUGCGCACUGGGCAAAAAUUAGUUAAAAAGAAACUGGAAAUCAACUCGCCCACUGAAGUAAAUCAUAGACAGUCGCGUCAUAGAACCCAACGAGCACGCACCACCCACAAAUUAUAUUAAAAAAAAAAAAAACAAGAGCGGAACACCAAAGACAGAUUUUUGACCGACCCUUGAAGCCAUCACACACUCACACACACACAUCGAUACAUCGAUACUCGCACACACACACAUACAUAGUAAAGCAGUGAGCAGAGCCGAAUCACUAUGGCGCAGCCAUUGAACAAUCCAUCGAGCAGCACGCAUCGUGAUUAUGGUGCCAUAUCCACUGCCACGCCCGAGGUCAGCUUUGCCGCUGGCUCCAAUUCGGGUAAUGCCGGCUUUAGUCCAACCGAGUUUGUGUCGCUCAGCGAGGAUAUUGGCCACAAUAUCACAUCGAUCAAUACGAGCACCAAGCAGCUGGAGAAGCAGCUGAAGCUGAUUGCCACCUCCAAGGAUUUGUCUGCGCUGCUAGAGAAGAUCCACAGCAUUAAUACCAAGACCAAUGCCCGGGUACAGACGACCAGUCAGGAUUUGGAACGACUACAGGCGGUACUACGUCAUGGUGAUCGUCAGCAAAAGCUGCAGCUGGAGAAGCUAACAGACGAAUUUCAGGAUGUGCUCAUGAAAUAUUCCAAGCAGCAGAAGUGCAUCUCGGAGGCCACGCGACGGAGUUAUCAAGUGGCCGCUCAGGACGAAAGAGAGGCUGACAUGACCGCCAGAACGGAGCUUUUGCAGCAGCAGCGACAGGAGCAAGCCGGCCUGGAGAGGCAGCACGAUAUGCUCGUCGAGCGUCAGCGCCAAGUGGAACAAAUCGAGUCGGAUAUACUCGAUGUGAAUGUAAUUAUGAACAAGCUGAGCACCUACGUAGCAGAGCAAGGAGAUGCAGUGGAUACGUUGGAACAGCUCAUGGAUCGUACUGCCGCUAACGUGGAGGAUGGCCGCACUGAGCUUCAAAAGGCAGCAGCUAGUCGUAAUAGCUACCGCCGUAAGAUAUUGAUACUUUUAGUGAUUGCUGUGAUAAUAGGAUUAAUUGUAACUGGCAUUAUAGUCAGUAAAUUGAGUUAAUUGUUUUAUAUACAUGUAUACACCCACACUUACACACGUACACACACACACAUACCCUUCUACAUACAUACACAUAAAAUAAUUAAAAAGUUUUGUAAAACUAUUUUUAUAAAAAAUAAGGCAUUAAUCACAAAGUGAGUAAAAGGCGCGCGCCAAGCGGGCAAAGACAAAACAAAUACAAAACCGCAAAGCAAAUUCAAUAAAAAUACGAGUUUAAA